UGAGCAGCUGAUCGAGCAGCGGGGGGAGGAGCCGACAGAUCACAGAAGUCACAGAACAGACACAGAACUGGCACUUGGGUCCUGACACCGGGGAAGUGGGAACAGGAGGAGCUUUAUCUCAGCUGGAUUUAUCACUCUCGAGCCCCUUUAUCAUUCUCUUCUCACUGGGACUGGAGGAACCCCGAGAGCCGGCAGCUCCCUCUUUUGAGCCGGGGAGUCGGUGCAACAUGCCGGGCUACGAUUAUAAAUUCCUGGAGAAGCUGCGGCGCAAGUUCCUGUGUCCCCUGUGCUCUAAAGCCAUUCGGGAGCCCGUGCAGGUGUCGACUUGUGGCCAUCGCUUCUGUGACACGUGUCUGCAGGAAUUCCUCAGUGAAGGAGUAUUUAAAUGUCCAGAAGAUCAGCUCCCUCUGGACUAUGCAAAGAUUUAUCCAGACCGAGACUUAGAAACCCAGGUCAUGAGCUUGACUAUACGUUGUAUACAUAGCGAAGAAGGGUGUCGCUGGAGUGGGCAGCUAAAGCAACUUCAGACUCACCUCAACAUUUGUGCCUUCAAUGUUAUUCCCUGCCCGAACCGCUGCAGCACCAAACUGAUUCGCCGAGACCUGCCGGAGCAUAUGCAGCACGAUUGCCCAAAGCGCAAAGUACGGUGUGAGUUCUGCGGGACUGACUUUACUGGGGAGGCAUAUGAGGAACACCAAGGCUGCUGUCCCCAGGAAAGUGUGUACUGUGAGAAUAAGUGUGGCGCUCGCAUGAUGAGGCGCGUGUUGUCUCAACAUUCCCUGGUGGAAUGCCCCAAGCGCACCCAGCCCUGCCCUUACUGCAACAAGGAGUUUGUGUUUGACACUAUCCAAAGUCACCAGUAUCAAUGUCCAAGGUACCCAACUCCCUGUCCCAAUCAGUGUGGAGUAUCAAGCAUUGCAAGAGAAGACCUGAGCAGCCAUAUAAAGGAGAGCUGCAGCUCUGCCCUUGUGCUUUGCCCUUUUAAAGACUCUGGCUGCAAACACCGGAGUCCAAAGAUCACUAUGAGCCGACACCUGGAAGAGAACAUGAGAUCCCACCUCAGCAUGAUGUCCUCCCUCGUCAGCCGACAAAGGCAAGAAAUCCUGGAGUUGAGGAAACAAGUGGAGGAACUGUCUGUCAGCAGUGAAGGGGUGCUUAUCUGGAAGAUUAGCGACUACUCCCGAAAAGUGCAAGAGGCAAAGGUCAGAGGCAACUAUGAGUCUUUUAGCCCAACCUUCUACACUCACAAAUAUGGUUACAGGCUUCAGGUUUCUGCCUUUCUAAAUGGAAAUGGCAGUGGAGAGGGAAAUUAUCUGUCUGUGUACAUACGGGUUCUACCUGGGGAAUAUGACAACCUACUAGAAUGGCCCUUUUCAUAUCGUGUCACCUUUUCCCUUCUUGACCAAAGUGACCCAUCCUUGUCCAAGCCCCAACAUGUAACAGAAACUUUCAACCCUGACCCCAACUGGAAGAACUUCCAAAAGCCCACUUGUUCCAGAAAUUCACUGGAUGAAAGCACCCUUGGCUUCGGCUAUCCUAAGUUUAUUUCCAAUGAGGACAUAAGGAAACGAAAUUAUUUACGCGAUAAUGCCAUAUUCUUACGAGCAUCAGUGGAAAUCCCACAAAAGAUCAUUGUGUAAUUGAAUACUUGAAAUCUGAACUCCGUUUGAACUUUGCUCUGUGAAGAGUUUAUUUAAUAUGGGUGCCCAAGCUCCAUGAAGGAGAAGGGUCACUAAAGGAGUACAAGACGCUGGAGUGUUCACACCUUUGUACAUUUUUAUUAUGAGGUUCUGUGACCAAGUCAACUGUGAACCCCUGUGGAGAGUAGACAGUUGUGCCUAAUCAGGUUGCAUUCUGGAGAAUUCAGUUCUGAAGAAACGACUUAAGACAGAAAUGGGCUGAGAUACUGUCAGCAUAGACUGUGCUGGAAGGCUGAGCAUGGAACUUUAAAGCUGGUCUGCAGCUUUUGAACAAGAUUCUUAAUGAUUGGAAAGAAGUCCUAAAAAAAAGAAAUCUGGGGAGCCUCUUGCAUUAUACAAAGUCAUCUCCAAGACCUGAUGGAAAAUAAACUUGUCUGUAUGACAUCAAGUAAGCUCUAGGUUGCCUCAAAGCUUAGGGUUCUCACAUUCUCAUGGGAGAUUGUUGUUAUGAGAACUAUCCAACCAGCUAGGUGCUACCAUGAAGCCAAAGUGUCCAAUCAGAGGAAGAACUGAGAGACUUGCCUUUUCCAUUAGGAAGCCUGCAGAUGGUAUGGAUGCUCUACCUCAAGGGAAAUUAUAUGGUGCUGGAAUAUUGUGUAACCACAAUGGGAAACAUUCCGUGUGUGUUUCUAGGUAACUUGCAGCACUCGCAAUGAGUGUGUUCUUUGGUCCUUCUCUGAUUUAAAAGAUUUUUCACAUUUAUGGCCAAUUAAUGCAUCAUUAAAUGCAAAUAUUCUGUGAAAUAACAGGACUGUGUCCUGUGGGCCCAUAUAGGACCUGUGGGGAUGACCUUGUUUGUAUACUGGUUCACACGACAGCACACAUUUUCUAAGUUUAUAUACUUUUUACGCUUUUGUAAUUAACAGUUUGAUAAUUAAAUGCUCUGGAUCCUUUGGCCUUUGAUUCAACUGAAUUUUUUAAGCUCUUGGUUUUAAUCAUUGAACAGUGGUGUGAAGAGAGUGCUCUGUAUGUACAGUAUGAUGUCUAUAGUUAGCAGUAUGUACAUAUCCUAAAAUAGAAUAGGUCUUUUUAUUAUUGGAUCAAUAACCUAUUUGCCAACAGUGCAAAACCAUUCCCUUAAAGGAGGAAUGUCUUAACCGGUGCCACCCCACUUGCUCCAUCUCUACAACCUCCAGCAAUCCUCAAAAGGCGCUUGGGCAUGACAGAAGUUGUAGUUCAAUGGCUGCCAAGGGAUUGCAGGUUUAGACAGAUCUCCUUCAGAACUGUGGAAAUAUAACACCUAUUUUUUGCUAAGAUAAAACUGCUUUUGACCAAGAAUCCAUGGAUUGAUUGCUCUGUGAGAAUUCUGUAGCUACUUGUUGGCUAUCUUUGCCCUAAAUAGAAAAAGCAAUAAAAAUGAUGUAAAUCACUGCAGCACAUAUAGCUGCAUAUAGUCUUAUGUGCCUGAAGCUCACUUGGCACUUUGAAGCACACAAUAUAAUGGUGCAACAAGUACUGCUGCAGACUAGGGGUCUUUAUCUCCUGCCCUUUCCACUUCCCAGCAACCACCUUCCACCUUAACCCUAAAAAAACAAACAAGUUGCGGUUCACCAGUUGGUUGAGGGAUGCGGAACAUGCAGAACAUUCAUCUACCUGUCCUUCCAACCGGCCUUGUUUGUUUUGCUGGAAUAGGGGAAUAUAUAGUAUGUAAAGCUUGGGUUCUUUGGGAUGAAGUUCUUGUCUGUACAGUUGAUUCUGCUGAUUCAGCAAUAGAAAGGUAAUAACUCGGCCUAUAGUUCAUAACAAAAAUUUUGUGGAAUAGACUGUGUAUACCAACAGAGCAAUAACAGGCAGAUCCUAUAAACGGAGAU